AUGGAAGCCGUUAUAGAUCGGCCGGUGGCGGCGGAAACGGAGAAUCAAUCGACGCUGGCUGCCGGAGAAAGUAAGUCACGUGCGAUGAAGCUGAGCCGAACUUCGUCUUCUGAUAGCGAUGAAGUUUAUUCCGACUCCGACACCGACACCGACACCGAUGUUGAAAAUCAAAGGCUGUACGAGUUACCCAAUUCUCACGACUUCUACUGCGCCAACUGCGAAUCAAGCAUAACUAAAGUGAUUAUUCUCCGCAACCCUCCGUUGCGGUCGUUGAUCUCGGCUGCCGGAGAAUCGAGUUGUUCACCAAACCUGAUACCGAAGCUGCAGCCUCGGUCACAUGCAGAAAUCUGUAGCAUUUCCGCUCAAUGCAGCGGCAAUGUGUAUAUUACCUUUGUAUCAAACCGCCCCGAGCCUAGGCGUUGUUUCGAGAUAGUGAAGAGCAUUGUGUACGGAGGAUUAACCGAAGCAAUCACGAGCCUAGGCAUCGUAACCUCCGCAGCAAGUGCCAAUAUUCCGAUAGAGAUUAUCGGGGCUUUGGCAUUGGCAAACAUGAUUAUCGGUCUUAUUGUCCUCACAAAAAAUUUCUCUACGCUAAAGUCGAAUCAACCCAAGAAAUACCCAUACCAAAGAAAACGACCACAAGUCGAUCCGUACGAGGAAGCCUUAGGCGACAGGCAGAAUUAUCUUCUUCACUACACCGCCGUCAUUCUAUCAUUCUUACUCAUCGGGUUUCUGCCUCCUCUAAUUUACGGCUUCUCCUUCCGCCACACCGACGGCAGCAAUCUCAAACUCGCUGCUGUGGCUGCCACCUCGCUUCUAUGUAUUGCGCUACUCGCCGUCGCGAAAGCUUACGUUCGGAAGCCGUUGCAUAAGUAUGUCAAAACCCUAGUAUGUUACAUUGUUCUAGGGUUAGGGGUCUUUGGCCUGUCUUAUGUAGCUGGCAAGGUGCUUGGUAAGCUUCUUGAGCCACUUGGGUGGUUUAAGACAGACCCAAUGGCUCCCACUUUGUUGCUCCCUAAUAUGAACUUUGCAAAACCCACGUGGGGAUUCAUAUGA